GGGGAACAAACUUAACUAUUCCAUUUUUCUGCAAAUUGUAGUGCAGCAUUUUUAUUUUUUGCUGAGUUUAACAUAUUGGAAAAACAAGCCACUUUUCCAAAGGUGUUACAUUCAGCAAAUAAACAGUAAUUGUGCAUUAAAAUGUGCAGAAGUGUGUUCUCUGUACAGGAUGUGUGAACUUAUUUUCAACACAUGUAAUUUGAGUAGUGGUGCAUACAACUGCUUUUAGUUUUAAACCAAAAAGAAUGCAAAAACUUGCUUGAGUAAGGAGUUUGUGUUCUUUUUUCCACCUCUGGUUCUGUCGUUCUCUGCCAAAUGUUCUAUAACACAGUUGGGUUAGUAUCAAAGAGGGUCUUUGUAAGGCGGUUGGAGGGAUUUGAGCUGCAGCCUGCAUUGGUCAGGUUUGUUUGCAAAGCCCAGGGAAACGCCUACUCCCUUCUACUCCCUCCACUCCCCUCCCCUUCUUAACUUUGCACCAGAGUCACUCCCCUGUGUUCAACCAACUUUCCUUUCCUCCAUCCUCACCUCAAACCUCACAAAGUUUUUAAAACAGACAACUGUGAUGGAGCACAGCCUAAACAACUCUCCUCCUGACCUCAACAAAUUUCUCCAGCUGGACCCCUACAUAAAAUCACAUGAAGGAGACAUUCAGAGAAGGUACAGGCUGUUUGAAGAGCGUCUUGCUUGGUUGGAGAAGGAUGAGGGAGGCUUUGAUCAGUUCACACAGAGCUACCAGUCGUAUGGGGUGCAGAGGCAGCUUGGUAGUGGCCUGCUCUUUAGGGAGUGGGCUCCUGGUGCCCAUGCUCUCUUUCUGACUGGGGAUUUUAAUGCAUGGGAGAAGCUGUCUUACCCCUUCACCCCAAAAGCGUUUGGAAAAUGGGAGCUCUCCCUUCCUCCCAGAGCAGACGGCUCUCCAGCCAUCCAGCACCUGAGCAAGCUAAAGCUUGUGAUCCUGACUAAAGAUGGAGAGUAUUUGUUUCGGAUUUCCCCCUGGGCAAAGUACGUUACUAAGACACUGGACUCUGUCACUUACGACUGGGUUCACUGGGACCCUCCACAUCCUUAUAAGCACCAGCACCAAAGACCCCCACGGCCCCGCUGCCCGCGCAUCUAUGAGGCUCACGUGGGCAUCGCCUCACCCCGCGAGGAGAUCGCCUCUUAUAAGAACUUCACCCUCGACGUGUUGCCCCGCAUUAAAGACCUGGGAUAUAACUGCAUUCAGCUUAUGGCAGUUUUGGAGCACGCUUACUAUGCAAGCUUCGGCUACCAAGUCACCAACUUCUUUGCAGCCUCCAGUCGUUUUGGCACUCCAGACGAUCUAAAGGCUCUGGUGGAUGAGGCCCACUCUUUGGGCAUCACUGUCCUUCUGGACAUGGUGCACAGCCAUGCCUCCAGCAAUACAGAGGAUGGCCUGAAUCAUUUCGAUGGAACGGACUCCUGCUUCUUCCACGCGGGCUUCAGAGGAGAACAUUCGCACUGGGGCAGCCGGCUCUUUAACUACGGCAGCUGGGAGGUGUCACGCUUUCUCUUGUCCAACCUGCGAUGGUGGGUGGAUGAGUACGGUUUUGAUGGCUUCCGGUUUGAUGGUGUUACAUCCAUGCUGUACCAUCAUCAUGGCAUUGGUGUGUCAUUUUCAGGGAGUUACAGCGACUACUUUGGCAUGCAUGUUGAUGAAGACGCUGUGGUGCAUCUCAUGCUGUCCAAUUAUACCCUGCACAAACUCUACCCAGAAUGCAUCACCAUAGCCGAGGAUGUUUCGGGGAUGCCAGGCUUAUGCAGACCGAUCCAAGAGGGCGGGCUGGGCUUCGAUUAUCGAUUGGCCAUGGCCGUACCUGACAAAUGGAUUCAGAUCCUCAAGGAGGUGAAGGAUGAAGACUGGGACAUGUGGAAUAUCGUUCACACACUGACCAAUCGGAGGAGAGGCGAGGACUCCAUCUGUUAUGCUGAAAGCCAUGACCAGGCGCUGGUUGGGGACAAGUCGUUAGCCUUCUGGCUGAUGGAUAAGGAGAUGUACACUAACAUGAGCGCGCUGAUCGCUAUGACGCCUGUCAUAGACCGUGGCAUGCAGCUGCACAAGCUCAUCCGGCUCCUCACUCACAGCCUCGGAGGGGAGGGCUACCUCAAUUUCAUGGGUAAUGAGUUUGGACAUCCGGAAUGGCUUGACUUCCCCAGGAAGGGAAACAAUGAGAGCUAUCGCUACGCCCGCCGCCAGUUCAACCUGGUAGACACUGAGCACCUGCGAUACCGGCAGCUUUAUGCUUUUGACCGUGACAUGAACCACGCAGAGGACAAGUACGGCUGGCUGAGCUCUGGCCCGGCCGUGGUCAGCACUCUGGAUCAGGCUGAUAAGGUCAUCGUGUUUGAGCGAGCGAAGCUGCUCUUCAUCUUUAACUUCCACCCCAGUGUCAGCUACAGCCACUACAGAGUGGCAGUCCAGCAUGCUGGGAAAUACAAGAUCCUGCUGAACUCUGACGAGGUACAAUACGGCGGGCACGGGCGAAUCCAGCAAGACACCGAGUUCUGCUCUGAGCCUUUGGCCUUUAGGAAUCGACCCAAUUCAUUUCUGAUUUACAUUCCAUGCAGAAGCGCUCUUGUUCUAGCUAAUGAAGACCAUUAUGACCACUGAAUGCAGCGUGUGGAUGGAGUCCAGCUGAAGUCACUGCAGUCUGCACUCCUUUAAACCAGGGAUUUGUGCAUAAAGUAAUGUAGCCAUUCAUUUUGAAAGAUAAGUGCAAAUUCCAGAAGCCCAACAGUGUAGUUUUAACCUCCUCAGUUUACAAACACUGAAAUAUGAAACAUUAUGUGCUUUGAAAUAUCCUUCUUUUUUGUCCUUUCUGUCUGUUGGUUUGUGCAUUCACAGCUGCGCCUGCCGAUUUGACAAGGACAACAUGCCCCAGUUACU